AAACAACAUUUAAUAAAUCUUAAUUGAAUGUAAGUUUAUUCGUUUUAUUUGAAAACAGUUCUCAAAUAGACAGCGUUGAUAUCAAGGAUUAAGGUACAAGUUGGCAGCCGACCGCAGGCGACAACUGCAGACGACAUGUCGUCGCUUCAUGUCGUCGCGACACGUCGUUGCGUCCUGUCGCUGCAGUCAUGAUUUCGAUCCCGACUGCAGACGACAACUGCAGAUGGCAUCCAGUUGAUUCCGAGCGGUCCGUGAAAUAAGAUGUCUGACGUGUUUGAGAAUAGUGAUCGCAAUUUUUUACGUCUUUUAUUAGAAGAGGAAGAUGAUGAUGAUGACUUGCUUUUAUUAUACAGAAAUAGACGACAAGCCACAUGUCCUAUGAUUAAACGCAGAGCAAGUGAGGGAACUUAUUCAAUACUGAUCAAAAACCAUUUGAAAAGCGAUAUGAAAGAAUUCAGAGAGUAUUGUCGUUUAAAUGAAAAACAGUUCGAUUUUAUACUAAGUUUAAUCAGAGAAGAAAUCGAGCCAAUGAAAAUAAAUGCCAUAAAUGCUGAGCGAAAAUUAUUUUUAACAUUAAGAUUUUUGGCCACAGGGGAAACCUAUAAAUCUUUGUCAACUGCAUACCGCAUAUCAGAGUGCUACAUAUCCCAAAUUGUGAAGAGUGUUCUUAAAGUUAUGAGACAAAAAUUAAUGCCUAUACUAAUGAAACCUGCAUUACAAGACGAUUUCAAACGCAUAGAACGUGAAUUUUGGGAAAAAUGGAAUAUACCAAAUUGCGUAGGAGGAAUGGACGGGAAACAUGUGCGAAUCAGGGCACCUAAAAAGAGUGGAUCAUUGUUUUUUAAUUACAAAAACUACUUUUCAAUUGUGCUAUUAGCAAUCGUGGAUGCUAAUUAUAAGUUUGUAGCAGUUGAUGUUGGUGCUUACGGAAAAGAAUCUGACAAUGGUAUAUUUCAAAAAUCAUUGAUGGGGAGGCAAAUAGACACCAAUAAUUUUAAUAUCCCGCCACCAAAAGCUUAACUAGGAACAAAUGUAAUCCUCCCUCACUUUCUGGUCGGAGACGAAGCCUUUGCAUUAAAUAGAUACAUGAUGAAACCCUAUACUAGAGCAGUGGCAAGGCUUGAAAGAAAUAAAGAAAUUUAUAACUUCAGAUAAUGCCGAGGCCGCCGAGUGACAGAAAAUGCUUUUGGGUUAUUGAGUCAAGUAUUCAGAGUAUUUUAUACUCCGAUUGCUAUAGCAACAGAUGUAGUCGAUGACCUAAUAUUAACAGCUUGUUGUUUACAUAAUCUUCUUCGGGAUGGUUAUCUUGAACGUAACAGCGUGCCAUUCCAUAGCCGCGAUGAUACAGAUAAUACCCAGGAUAACAUGAUAAACUUAGCCCGUUUUGGUGGAUUUGCUAGUAGCGACGGUUUCGAAAUUAGAGAGAAACUCAAAGAUUUCUUUUGUAGCGAAAAUGGUGCAGUUUCAUGGCAAGAAGCCACUAUAGACAGAAUUUAAUAGAUUGUGUCAAGACUUUUUCAUUAUUUUCAUACAUUAUGCCUUAAAAAGUUAUUAUAAAUAGUAAUUAGAACAUUUC